AUGAAUAUAAUUAUUGAUGUUAUUGAAAAUAUUUCUGGAAAAAUAGAUUCUGAUUUAUUAUGUAUAAUUAAGUGCCUUUCAGGUAUUCUUAAUUAUACUCACCGAAUAAUAUUAUCUAAUAGUAGUCAUCCCAAUAGUAAAGAUCAUUUAUUACUCGAUUUCAAUAAUUAUAAUAAUUAUACUGAAUUCAUUCAAAGAAAUUAUCAAAAUUCUCUUGAUGAUGAUAUUGAUAAUAAUGAUGAUAAUGAAAAAGAAUUAAGUUUAGAGAUUAUUAAAAAGUUAAUUAAUAUUUAUUUAUCAGCAUUUAUUUCACUUGCUGAUAUAAUAAUAAUGAUUAAGAAUAAGAAGAAGAAUAAUAAUAAUGAAAGAUUACUUAAUAAUAAUAUUUCCAUUGAAUAUAUUGAACAAGUAUUAUCAAGAAUAAUGAAUUUAUAUAAAGUUGGGUUCUCACUACUUGGUUGUGUGAUAACAUGGAGACUUAUACCGGAACUCAAAGAAAGUUUUAUUAAGAUAAAUUUAUCCGGAAAAGAUUUUAAUAAAAUUAAUAAACCCGUCGUACCAGAAAGUAUGGGAAUUAUAUGCGCAACUGUAUAUUUAAUAUGUUUAUUUUUGUUUAUACCCUUUCCUUUCAUGGAAUGGUUUACAGACAAAGGAGAAUUUUUAUCAGCAAUGUUAUCUUUACAAUCGAUGGUACUUCUUGGAUUCGUAGAUGAUUUAUUUGACAUUAGAUGGAGAUAUAAAUUAUUAUUACCAACUAUCGCAUCUAUACCAUUAUUAAUGGUAUAUUAUGUUAACUUUGGUGAAACACAUAUCGUGUUGCCUAUUCCAUUAAGAUUUUUAUUUGGAAAAUACAUUGAUUUAGGUAUAAAUGGAGUAGAAAUAGGACAAUCAUUGAUAAUAGCAAUUUCAAUUGUUAUAAAUGAUUUACUAUUUUUGAAUGGAUCAGAUCCAGCAGUAGAAGCUCAUUUAUUUUCAUUAUAUUUCAUAAUACCAUUUAUUGGUGUUUCUUUAGGAUUAUUUAUGCAUAAUUGGUAUCCAUCAAGAGUAUUUGUUGGUGAUACUUAUUGUUAUUUUGCAGGAAUGACAUUUGCAGUUGUUGGAAUUCUUGCACAUUUUAGUAAAACAAUGAUAUUAUUUUUCAUACCACAAAUAUUUAAUUUUGCUUAUUCUGUACCACAAUUAUUUAAAUUGGUUGAGUGUCCAAGGCAUAGAAUGCCAAAUAAGGUUAAACUACAAAAACCUUUAAAUCUUCCAACUCUUUUAAGUUUAAAAAUAUUUUCAACAUUUGGACUUAUAAAAAUUACGAAAAAUGAUGUUGGCAGUAAUUUGGAUUAUAUUGAAGUUAAUAAUUUCACUUUACUGAAUUUAAUACUAUUAAAAUUUGGGCCAAUGAAUGAAAGGACAUUGACAAUUUGUGUAUUGAUUUUACAAGUUUUAAGUAGUUUUUUGGCUUUCUUUAUAAGAUAUAGAUUAGUACAUUUAUUUUAUGAAAAACAAUAUUAG